AUGAGUAGAGCCAGCAAGAUCACCUUCUCUCUUUCCUGUCUGUUCACUGCAGCGACCGUUGUUGGGGUCCAUUUCGUGCAGGGACUCGAGAGGGAAACAUUACACCAGGGUCCUAUCAAGGACGCGCGCAGGACCGCUGCCAGGAAGCAACAAAAACUGCAGCAGCAGGAGGACGAGUCUGCCGCGGUAGAUCCUGACAAAGAACGUCAAAAGCUCGCCAAUCUGAGCGAGCACGAAUUGCAACAGGAAUUGCGCAAGAAAUACGAAGCAAUUCAACCCCUAUCGGGGCAGGUCGUUACCAAGGAUGGAGAAGUGGUAGAGAAUAGGUCUCAUUGA